UUGGUCUAGACCCUGAUGGAGGAUUCAGCAGUUGGCAUAAAGCAAGCUGUAGUGUUAAUCAAUGGAAUCGAUGCUGCUAAAUUUCCCCGCCUGCUGUCUCGCAUUCUUCAGAAACUUCACUUGAAGGAUGAACAUUCAUUUAAUGAAGAAGAGAAGGAAAAGCUACAAGCUGCACUCUCUCUGGAAAAACAAGAUCUCCGUUUGGUGCUGGAAACUGUAUCUUUUAUCCUGGAACAGGCAGCCUAUUACAACAUGAAACCCAUUGCUCUUCAACAACAACUGGAAAAUAUUCACCUGAGUCAAGAGAAGGCUGAAGCUUUUGCCCAGGCCUGGACAAGUAUGGGCCAAGAUGUUGUUGAAAAAUUGAGGCAGAAUACGUUUGCUCCUAAAAAGCUUGAAAAAGUUGGGUUCUGUCUUAACCUUGAAAUGGGACAUUCAACACAAGCCAAAGUGAAGUCUCCUCUUGCUGUUCUUGAGCUUGGAGUCAACAGUGACAACUCUGAG